AUGUCCAGGUUCGUGCCGGGCGGCACGAUCAACGCCCCCCGCGACCACGAGGCGGCGGCGGCGGCGACGGACGAGCCCAAGCCGCCGCGGGCACGACCAGCCACGAGCACCGAGUGGGAGGCCGUGCAGCAGGAGCUGGACAACGACAGGAGGAGGCGCGAGGAGCAGAGGCGCCGGGCCGCCGCGGCGGGCGAGGGCGAGAGGAGCCUGUACGACGUGCUGCAAGCUAAUAAAGCGGCCAAGCAGGCUGCUUUUGAGGAGGCGAACAGGAUUCGGAACCAGUUCCGGGCGCUGGACGACGACGAGAUUGAGUUUCUGGACGAGGUCGUUGCGGCGAGGAGGAUGGAGGAGGAGCGGGUGAGGCGGGAGACGGAGGACGGGGUGAGGGCGUUUAGGGAGCUGCAGAGGAGGACCGGCGGCGGGGGCGCGGCCGACGGGGAAGAGGGCGAGGGCGAGGGCGAGGGGGCCGAGGACUGGGCCGCCGGGGGGAGGAGGAAGAGGAGGAGGAGGAGGGAGGAGAGGGAAAAGGGGGUGGUGAAGAGGAGGGCGGAUGAGGGCCAGAGCGUCAAGGCGGCGGCUGCGAGUGCGAGUGCGAGUGCGAGUGCGAGUGCGAGUGCAGAGGCGGAGGAGGCGUCGAGGCAGGGCCAGGCCGCCAAGUCUGCUGCGCGAGCGGUCGAGAAGCCGGACCGGAAGGGCGCCCUGGUCGACUACGGCUCGGAUAGCAACGACGGAUGA